AAAGCGAACUAAUAAUAAACCUAUUCGAUUACGACAUAAGACAACUGGUAUCACAAAAUUUUGAAAUCAAAGAAAUUGGAGACAAUGAAAAAAGAAAGAUUUAUAAAGAAUUAGGGGACAACUGCCUAAUGAAUUGUCUUGAAGAAGAACAUGACUGGACUGAAAUAGAAGAUAUAAACGAUUUGAUAGAAAAGCGAAAAAAAUAUUUAAUAGAAGAUUUUAAAAGACUUCAAAUUUUUGAGGUCGAUUAA